UCAAAGGAUAAGGGAAGCUCGUUUUAGAAGGCAGGGCAAAUAGCUGGAAUUCCGUUUCCGUUCCUGUUCCUGGGAUUUUACUCAUUCCCUCAGCGGGGAAAAUCACAUAUUAAUUUACACUUUUCUGACCCUGACUGUUACCGAUGGCUUCUUCCCCGCAGAAAUCUCCGUCUUCUCCCAAAUCGCCAACUCCAAAGUCUCCGUCCUCCAGAAAGAAAGAUGACUCAUUUCUGGGAAAACUUGGUGGGACUCUGGCCAGGAGAAAAAAGGCGAAAGAAGUAUCGGAGCUGCAGGAAGAGGGGAUGAACGCCAUUAAUCUCCCCCUGAGUCCCACACCUUUUGAGCUUCAUCCUGAGGACAUCAUGCUAGAGGAAAAUGAAGUCCGCACUAUGGUGGACCCAAACUCGAAAAAUGACAGAAAACUCCAGGAACUGAUGAAGGUGCUCAUCGACUGGAUCAACGAUGUUCUGGUUGGGGAAAGGAUCAUUGUGAAGGACCUGGCUGAAGAUCUCUAUGAUGGACAGGUUCUCCAGAAGCUGUUUGAAAAGCUUGAAGGUGAGAAGCUAAAUGUUGCGGAGGUGACCCAAUCUGAGAUUGCCCAGAAACAGAAGCUGCAGACGGUUCUGGAGAGAAUCAAUGACGCGCUGAAGGUCUCCACCAGGAGCAUCAAGUGGAACGUGGACUCGGUUCACGCUAAGAGCAUUGUGGCCAUCCUUCACCUGCUGGUGGCGCUUUCACAGCACUUCAGAGCCCCCAUUCGCCUCCCUGACCAUGUGUCCAUUCAGGUGGUUGUGGUCCAGAAACGAGAGGGCAUUCUCCAAUCCCGUCAGGUUAUGGAGGAGAUAACUGGCAACACAGAGGCAUUAUCUGGCAGGCAUGAGCGUGAUGCUUUUGAUACCUUGUUUGAUCAUGCUCCUGACAAGCUGAAUGUAGUGAAGAAGACUCUAAUCACUUUCGUCAAUAAACACCUGAAUAAACUGAACUUGGAGGUUGCUGAACUGGAUACACAGUUUGCAGAUGGUGUGUAUCUGGUUCUGCUGAUGGGACUUCUGGAAGGAUACUUCGUCCCCCUCUACAACUUCUUCCUGACCCCUGAGAAUUUUGACCAAAAGGUUCAUAAUGUGUCUUUCUCCUUUGAGCUGAUGCAGGACGGUGGCCUGGAGAGGCCCAAACCCAGGCCUGAGGACAUUGUGAAUUGUGACCUAAAAUCGACACUUCGAGUUCUUUACAACCUUUUCACCAGGUACAGACACGUGGAAUGAGUCGAAACGGGAAACACGUCUAUGUGAUCAGAGUUUUUAUGAGGCUGACAGACAAAAUGUGCUGUUAAUUAUUGUGGAGUAUUGUAUAAUACUCCUAUAUGACUAAUAAUUGUGUCUAAGUAUUUUUUCUUGUCAUCUAGAUGGAUGUAAAAACACUAAAGAAAAUAACACUAUGCAUAUCAAUGUUUUUUUUUUUUUUAAUGAAAGCAUUCCAUUCCUCAGAUGAUGCAUUGAAGUUUAGCAUAACUUAGGCUUUUAUUUGUGGAAAAUGCAAUUAGCUGUUUAAUCUGUUUGGAAUGUAUUCAUUCUAAAGUGCCUAAACAGACGUAUGAGAGAAAAUAUCCAGCAUGCCACUACACAUUAUAUCACAUAAAACACUAUAUUAUCUUAACUCACUGUAUUUGCUUAUAUUUCCAAGUGGGUAUCUGGCCAAAUAAUUUGUUAGUUGUAAUGAAUGACUGUUUCACUACAUAUCUUAAUUGUUUUUAUACUGUCCACUUGCAUAGUCUAUCUGCAUCAACCAAAAAUUGUUCCUAUAUGCUGUUGCCACACAAAUUUGGCUCCGUUUGUAAUUUUGAGGACUUAUAGCGAUUUUAAUUUAAUUUAUUUUCUUACAUCUUAAAACAUGGUGAUCAUUAUUGGGCAAAAUUUGUAUUUAAAAUGAAAUGGAAGCUACAAGAAAAGACUUUUUUAUACCUUGUUUAAUUGAUAUCAUUCCAGUAUCACCAUUUGUGAAAAACUCAAUGUUCAUGUUUUAUCUGCACCUGAAAAAUGUUACAAAAUCUACAUUAAACGUGGAUGAAUCAUCUA